GCCAGCAGUCAAGAUCCAGCCCCUAGAAGAGAGAAGAGCUACAGAUUCUCCAUCCUCAGUCUUUGCGAGGGGACGGCCGUGCCAGCCAGCCAGCUCGGGCAGGUUCCUGGCAGCAUGGCUGGGAAGCUUGGGGCCCUCCUGCUGGGCCUCGCCCUCGGCCUGGCCCAGCCCGCCUCGGCCCGACGGAAGCUCCUGGUGUUCCUGCUGGAUGGUUUUCGCUCAGACUACAUCAGCGACGAGGCCCUGGAGUCCUUGCCUGGGUUCAAGGAGAUUGUGAGCCGGGGCGUCAAAGUGGACUACUUGACCCCCGACUUCCCCAGCCUCUCCUACCCCAACUACUACACGCUCAUGACUGGCCGCCACUGCGAGGUGCACCAGAUGACCGGGAACUACAUGUGGGACCCCAGCACCAACACGUCGUUCGACAUCGGCGUCAACAGGGAGAGCCUGCUGCCCCUCUGGUGGAACGGGUCGGAGCCGCUGUGGGUCACCCUGACCAGGGCCCGCAGGAAGGUCUACAUGUACUACUGGCCGGGCUGUGAGGUGGAGAUCCUCGGCGUCAGACCCACUUACUGCCUGGAAUACAAGAAUGUCCCGACGGACAUCAAUUUCGCCAACGCAGUUAGCGACGCACUCGACGCCUUCAAGAGUGGCCGGGCCGACAUGGCCGCCAUCUACCACGAGCGCAUCGACGUGGAGGGCCACCACUACGGGCCCUCGUCCCUGCAGAGGAAGGACGCCCUGAAGGCCGUGGACACCAUCUUCAAGCACAUGACCCAGUGGAUCCAGGAGCGGGGGCUGCUGGACAAGCUCAACGUCAUCAUCUUCUCAGAUCACGGAAUGACGGACAUUUUCUGGAUGGACAAAGUGAUCGAGCUGGACCGGUACAUCAGCCUGGCCGCCCUGCAGCAAGUGAAGGACCGCGGGCCUGUAGUGAGCCUUUGGCCGGCGCCGGGGAGGCACUCGGAGGUGUACACCAAACUGAGAGUGGUGGAGCACAUGACCACGUACGAGAAGGAAGACAUACCCAGCCGGUUCCACUACAAGAACGGGAAGUUUGUCUCUCCUUUGACCUUAGUGGCCGAUGAAGGAUGGUUUAUAACCGAGAGCCGGGAGCUGCUCCCGUUCUGGAUGAACAGCACGGGCCAGCGGGGUGGCUGGCAGCGCGGCUGGCACGGCUACGACAACGAGCUCCGGGACAUGCGUGGCAUCUUCCUGGCCUUCGGACCUGAUUUCAAGUCCAACUUCAGAGCUGCUCCGAUCCGGUCCGUGGACGUCUACAAUGUCAUGUGCCGCGUGGCGGGCAUCACCCCCUUGCCCAACAACGGGUCCUGGUCCAGGGUGAUGUGCAUGCUGACCGGCCAGGCCGGCCCGGCCCCGUCGGCCCCGCCCGGCGGGCUCACACUGGCCGUGGCGCUCCUCCUGCUGUUCCAGUAGCAGCUCCUUUCCGCCCCAAACGCUCGGCUGCGGGGGCCUCCACCUCCACCGUGGGAAGGUUUUCAUUUCCUAUCUGAGUGAUAGCUUCAGUAACACAGUCCAGGCCACACAAAUUGUGAAUAUAUUAUUCUUGGAGGAUUCUCUCUACAAAAGUCCCUACUCCUUACCAAAAUAUCCAAACUUAGUUUUUUUUUUCUGAAGAUAAGGAACAUCUCGCACUGCAUCUGUUCAAGGGUAUGUCGUUUUUCUCCUUUUUUUUUUCACGUGUAGUAGCUCAGAUGAACUAACUGUCUGAGCGGAGGCCCGCCUGGGAGCAAGCGGCCUUUAAGUGGACACUGCGUGAGCGCCCUGGGCCCCGCCCUGCCUGGCUGGGCCCUGGCCACACCCAGCAGCCGCCCUCCGGGCCCAGGGCCACCGUCCUGCAUUGUGUGCCUUCCUUCCCGAACAAAAGGCUUCCCCGUGGCAGCCCUGGCUGCUGUCGGUUUGCAACCCAGCUCGUGCAGUUUCUCCAUCCCAUUCAAAGUCCCGCAAAGGGUGUAUCUCAGCUUGGGUGACCCAUCCAUCAAAAAUCACUAAGGAUUAGAGAACUCAGAAUGAGGUGGGUGACGGGCAUGCGUCCCCUCCCAAAGUGGGGAUGCACCAAACAUGUCCCACUGGCCUCGAGGAGCAGGAACGCUUACCGUAGACCCGGCUCCGGUGGGACUUCGCACGGCGCAGCUGAAGCCCCGCCCAGAGCGGGCCCUGCGUGGUGGUGCGGAGGAAUCCGCGGGGUGCCGCCAGCUGGCCGGCCUGCCUGCCUGCCUGCCUGCCCCCCUGCCUGCCUUCCCGUGCGGAGGUUUCCUCGGACACCACGGCUCUGUCGUCACACACGCCGUAGACAACAACAGCCACACUGGACGCACACCAUAGACGGGGAGGUCGGGCAGAGCGCGGGUGCACGUGUUGCAGAGACCUCAGCUCCCUGCUGGGAAUGGUGAUGCGUGAAGCCUGAGUUUCAGGCCCCAGCGACCCGGAAUGUUGCUUGUUAAACGGCAACGGGGCGAAGUGGGCCCCCGAGUGACCCAGAAUUCCAGGGAAAAGGAGGGGAGCCGGAGAGAACGUGACGGAGCCAGACCCCCAGCACUAACCCACGGCCCAUUUGAUUAGGGAGCAGGGUGGCCAAAGUACCACCCCCGAAGAGUGACGUUCUGCAGGAACCCUGAGAUGAGCCUCUCAGCCUGGCUGGAGCGUUUCCAGCUCAGUCGUCUGAGUCGGGUGCAGGAGACCUUGUGAAAAGUGGGAUAACUGCAUCUCGAAGUGAUCGGAGUCAUGCACACACGUUGCUGCAUUAAAAAUAACUUUGCACUGAAGGAGGCAGAGCUGCCAGUGAGACGUUUUGUGAGGAACGGAAUACCUCUGGUCUCCCCGCGACGGAGAAGCCCUAAGAGGGCGUUUGCCCUGAGAAAUGGGCACCGACGCCCAGCCCCGACUCAAGAAGGCUGGGAGCCACCCCCGCGCCUUGGAUCACGGGAGCAAAGGGUCAUGGCUUACCCACACCGAGUUUAUCUUCACAAAAGGUUUCCAAGGGCUUAUGUCACAUGGUUUUGAACCGCAGCAUCGGAUCCACGGGAAAGAAAGCAAACCGGCCUCUGUUAUCUGGCUGGAAGCACAUGCAUGCUCUGGACACUGGCCGUGGGGGCUGAAACGCGCACCUGUUAUUCCAAGGCCCCUUUCUCCUUAAAGGAUGGCGCUCUGAGGAAUACACGGAGCCCGCCUCCCUCCCUGGCGAGGGACGGGUCCCUGAGAGAGAGCCGAGUGACUCACUGAGAAGCGGGUCACCCAAGUGAAGAGGAGUGUGGCCGGGGACACAGCCUCGCCUUUGUCCCUCCCGCUCCGUUCUGCCCUCACGCGUCCUUAGCAUCUUCAAGUUGCGUAAUAACAUUCCAGGCAGGCGUCUGACAAAGUGCAGGGGCUCCACAGAUACUCUUGAAUCAACAAAUGAGUCUAAGAUACCUCUGGAACCGUGACUAUUGGUGACUCAUGAAGAAAAUCCAGCCUUUAAAUGGAGAAAAAGAAUUUGCCUAAAAUAAUGCAUACAGUUUAGUGGCUUACUUCUUUGGCUGAAGUUUUUUUUUUCUCCUUUGAUUUUUGUUUUAAAGUGACACUAUUUCCCCCAGGAAAAUUCUAGUUUCUUUACAUGGUGUUGUUCUACCGGAGUAAAAAUCUGCAUGGAAUGCCUGUAGACACCUUCUCUCCUGGACUGUUUUACUGCCCCAUCGCUCCUUCCGGAAGGACCUCAGUGGGGCUGACCUGCGAACACCGAAGACCAGUGAAAGGAAUGACCCCAAAACUGAAGAGGAGAGAACAGCCCCCUUCCCUGCCUCUCUGCAUCAACUCUAGACCCCACCCAGUUACGUUCUGAUGACGUCAGCAUGAAUGAGCACAGGCUGGGGAAUUCUUUCUCGCCCGAAGGGUCCUGAAUGAUAGAGCUCCAACUCUCUUUGCUUUUUUUUUUUUUAAAGAAGUUUUUUAUUGUUGUUCAAUUACAGUUGUCUCCGCC